AUGUUUGGCUUUGAUAGCGGGGUUUUGCAUGUUCUGCUGUUGUGUUUGGCGGUAGUUACAGCUGGGAAAGCCGUUUUGAAAGAUGAGUACCUUGUUGAUCCAAAAGCGUUGCCAGGCUUCAAUAAGUUGGGAAUAGAUGCACAGAAAUUCCCCCUGAUGUACGCUGGUCACAUCGAUGUUUUUGAACAACUGAAGAAGGAGUCUGACAUGAUACCCGAGGACUAUGGCUAUUUCUUCUGGAAGUUUGAGGACCCAGAGAAUAUUGAAAAGGGUAAACCGUUAAUCUUCUGGCUGAACGGGGGGCCCGGGUGUUCGUCGAUGGAUGGUGCACUUGUUGAGAACGGACCGUUGCGUGUGGAUUCUAAGGGAAACGUAUACUUGAACAAGGGCUCGUGGCAUUCGAGGGGUGACUUGGUGUUUACCGAUCAACCAAUUGGUACUGGCUUCUCUUCUCUUAAUGAUACCAACAUGGAUGCACAGUUUUUUGAGGACAGUUUAGACGGUGUUAGCGAAAGAUUUAUGGAAUUCUUAAUCAACUACAUGAAAGUGUUCCCAGAAGACGCUGAUAGAGAGAUUAUUCUUGCCGGUGAAAGCUAUGCAGGGCAAUACAUCCCGUUUUUCGCAAACCGUAUACUUGAGUAUAAUAAACAGGGGGACAUCCAGCCAAUAAAUUUGAUGACGCUGUUGAUUGGGAACGGCUGGAUCGAUCCGACUACCCAAUCGUUAUCAUAUUUACCCUUCGCGUUGGACAAUAAAGUGAUAGAUAAAAAUGAUGGACCAGUUUUCGAAAUAUUACUGAGAACACACGAAUUAUGCCAAAACCAAAUUAACAGCGCCGAGUAUGCUGGGUCAUUUGAAUUUCCAGAGUGUGAGAGAUUGUUCAACAGACUCACUGAGGCGACUAGAGCACCUAUUAAAGGUAACCAACUGAGCUGCGUUAACGUAUACAACUAUGAAUUGGACGACACUUAUCCAUCCUGUGGGAUGAAUUGGCCCGCAGAUAUCCCCUUUAUCAAGAAAUUCUUGAACCAGGAUUCCGUGAAACAGGCUUUGCACCUGGAUAACAAACCUUGGAUUACAGAUUGGCGCGAAUGUAACUCUAAAGUUGGGAAGGAGCUGACAAAUAAAGAACUCAAGCCUUCUAUCGAACUCCUGCCCUCUUUAUUAGAAAGCGGUGUCGAUAUCAUCUUGUUCAACGGGGACAAAGAUAUCAUCUGUAACCACAUCGGUGUCAUGGACUCCAUCAAUAAUAUGCAUUGGGGUGGGACAAAGGGGUUUUCAAGUGAUGCAGAGGAAUACGACUGGUAUUACAGAAAUCCGGUCUUAAAUGAUGAUGAAAUGGUUGGGUACGUGAAAUAUGACAGAAAUUUGACCUUCAUCAACGUUUUCAAUGCCUCUCAUAUGGUCCCAUACGAUAAAGGCGAGGCCAGUAGAGGACUGUUGGAUAUAUCCAUGAAUCAAAUCCUUUUAGGGGAGUUGGGGAAAAGAACAGCAUUAGUUAGCGGUGAUGAACCUUUCAUCUUCGAUGAUGAAGAGGGAACAGAUGAGGAAGAGAAUGAAGAGGAAUUUGAUAGUGAUGAUGAAGGUGACGAUACAGAUGAGAGUGAUGACGAAGGUGACGAUACAGAUGAGAGUGACGACGAAGGAGAGGAUGUGAGUGAUGAAGACGAUGAUGAUGAGGAUAAGGAAGAAGAGGAAGAGGAAGAUGAUGAGGAAGAAAAUGAGGAGGAUCAAGAAGAUGAGGAAAACGUGAAUUAUGGUGAAGAAAAGGCAGAAGAUGCGAUUAAUCGCAAGGGUCUCGUCGUUGCAGCAAUCUUUGCCACUUUCAUUGCCGUUUUGCUAUUGAUAAAAUUCCGCAAUAUCUUAAAACCAAAAAUAAUCUCUUUGAUGAACACGCGCCCUUAUAGCAGAUUGAAUGGACAUAAAACAGUAACGUGGGCUGACGACCUUGAGAUUGGUGAAAUGGAUUUUGAAAUCAACGACGAAGAAGGUAACACAGCUGCUGAAUCCUCCAAAACGGGCACUUCAAAUCUCAAAAAAGCAUAUCAGCCUGAGUCUAAAGACGCUACGGCGAAGGGAACUGGCGAUGAUUCGAUAGAGUUACAAGAUUUAUAG